AUUAAAUUAAAUUAAAUAGUAUAAAGUUAUGUAUAAUGUUAAUAUUACGAUACGGAGAACGUUAAAUUUUAUGAACAUAUAAUGUAACGCCUGCUUCCGAGCACCGUCUGAGAGUCACGUGACUCCGCGACGGAAAACAAUAUAUAUGUUGACGAAGCUGUCGAGUGGCCAUAACAGUCUUUAACGUGGCCAUAAACGGAUGGGGAAAUGUCGUGUCGCCGGAAGGUCUCCCGUGAUUUCGCGACCAAAAACAAUACUCACGUAUAUACGAAACGGACGGUCAUAAUAGUCCUUGACGCACUCGUAAGACUUGGACAGAAUACGUCGCGCGUGAUUCUCGAAUCUUCCGUGUCGAUCGAAACGUAUGUGAAACGCGUCAAGUUGAUUCAUUCGUGCGAUCAUCGUGUUAAGAUCAUCUUGUGCACUAAUUAUCCAUCUGUAGAACUCUGACAGUGAUUAUUAUUUUCUAUCUUUAUUGGCUUAAAAGAGAAAUCCAAUAUUGAGCUUUCUCUUUUUUUGUCUUAAUAUGUUCACAUUUUGUCAUAUCGCUCAACCAGCAAAUUCUUUUUGUUUCAGAUUCAGCGGAAACGAUGGCCACGCGAUGGACUUCUGGGAGGUGCCGGAUUUUCGUCGGUGCAUGCAGAACCGGAGGAUCCGGUUCGGGCCAUGCAGGAUCGGCUUGAAGAUUCAACGGAAACGAUGGUCACGCGAUGAAUUCCUGGAAGGUGCGGGAUUUUUUGUGCAUGCAGAACCGGAGGAUCCGGUUCGGGCCGUGCAGGGUCGGCUCGAAGGUAAACACAGUAUAGAUUCUUACAUUCUAAUCAAUACUUGGCGGUUAAAAGUUGCGACAUAAUUGUAAUCAAAACUCUUUAAUGUAAUCAACAAUGUUGUAUCUUUUUGUUAAAGAAUCGAAAGCAGAACGUGGCUGGCCCUGUCUUGCGGUGUUUCGGUGAGUCAAAAGAAUGGGUUUUUUCAAAGGUGAUGGAGAAUUUAAGACAGAUAUUUAUAAAAUUCGUUGAAAUUGAUGCG